CGGAGGGAGUAUGAAAAUUAGCUAAAAUGAAUACAAAAAUAUUAAACAAUCUAUCGCAAAGGAGCUCUACUUCAAAAUUCAAAAUGCCAUGGUCGAGUUUUACUUUUUGCUUUUUAUUCGUACCAGAGUCCUUAAAUUUGCCCCGACAAGGCGAUGGACGUGCAAGCAUCUCCUCCCUUUUGUUUUGUUUUCCGUUCAUUUUACUCUCUGUGUGUACAAUACAGUUAUAUUAUUAUAUCCAUGGAUACAGGAACGUCAAACGUCUAUGCAUCGGUGACUCGAAAAUGUCGAAGCCAUUCAAGCUCAAUCUCACCUCACACCCAAAUUUCUGCCCGUCAACGGCAAUCCACUUCUCUCUAUCCCCCUCUCUUCUUUCUUCUUCCUUUCGUCUCCCAAAUUUCUUCUUGGUUGCCUCUCCUCCUCAACAACCCUUCCGAGGCACACCUCAGAAGGACAAUUUUAAAAUACAAACUUGACAUUUACGCAGGGGUUGUUAUUUUUAUUGUACGAACGAACAAGGAUUAGUCAUGUUUCGUUUCUUUUCUGCAGAUUAAAUUACUUAUUUAUUCGUUGUUUAAAACAGAGAAGGGGUUGUAUCUGUGUGUGUAUUAUAUUUGUUUGAUUGAAGGAGGAGGCUCAGAAUGGCCGCGAUUGAUGUGAGGUUAUUGAUUGUGGCUGUGCUAGUGAUGGUGGCGGAUGCGAAUUUGGUGUUCAAGGUGAAGCAUAAGUACGGUGGGCGUGCCAGCUCCGUAUUGACAGAGCUCAAGGCUCAUGAUUCCCGUCGCCAUGGACGAAUGCUGUCUUCCGUUGACUUCCAAUUGGGCGGAAAUGGCCAGCCCACUGAUGCCGCGCUGUACUAUACAAAGCUUUCAAUUGGGACACCUUCACAUGACUAUCAUGUCCAAGUUGAUACUGGAAGUGACAUCCUGUGGGUGAAUUGUGCUGGCUGUGACAAGUGUCCUAAAAAGAGCAACCUUGGGAUAGAGUUGAAGCUUUAUGAUUUAAAGGCCUCUUCAACAGCACAGGCUGUUACUUGUGACCAACAGCUUUGCACAACUAUGUUUAAUGCCCCAUAUACUGAUUGCAAGGUUGGAAUGUCUUGUGAAUAUCAAGUUACUUAUGGGGAUGGAAGUGCCACUGCAGGAUACUUUAUUCAAGAUGAUGUUCAUUUUGAUCAAGUGACCGGAAACCUUCAAGCCUCAUCGAUGAAUGGGCCAAUAGGAUUUGGGUGCUCAGCCAAACAAUCUGGAGAGCUAGGUACAUCUACAGCAGCAGUUGACGGGAUAAUUGGUUUUGGACAAGCAAACUCAUCCGUCAUUUCUCAGCUAGCAGCAUCUGGGAAGGUGAAAAAGAUAUUCUCACAUUGCUUGGAUAAUAAAAAUGGGGGUGGCAUCUUUGCUAUUGGACAAAUAGUUGAACCCAAAGUAAAUUCAACACCACUUGUUCAAAAUGAGCCACACUAUAAUGUCGUCAUGGAACAAAUGGAGGUGGGUGGUGAUGUUCUAGACAUUAGGACAUCUUUCUUUGACUCCGGAGUUAGAGAUAUGAUAAUUGAUAGUGGUACGACGUUGGCUUAUCUUCCAGAUUCAAUCUUUAAGCCUCUCAUGAACAAGUUGAUGGAAAAACAAAGUGAUCUGAACAUUCAUACAGUUGAAGGGUUCAAAUGCAUUAACUACAACCAGAAUGUUGAUGAUGGGUUCCCUGUUGUUACUUUCACUUUCAAGGGUUCACUUAAGUUGACAGUUUAUCCACAUGAUUACCUUUUCCCAGUUCACGAUAAUGAAUAUUGUAUCGGCUGGCAAAGCAGUGGAAUGCAGACCAGAGAUGGGAAGGAAAUGACCCUUUUGGGAGAUCUUGUACUCUCUGGCAAGUUGGUUGUAUAUGAUCUCGAGAACCAGACUAUUGGCAUGACUGAAUAUAACUGUUCAUCAAGCAUCAAAGUGAAAGAGGAAAGCUCUGGAAAUGCAUAUAGUGUGGGUGCCCAUGAUAUUUCAGUUAGUAAUUCCGGACGGAUGAACACCGGGAAUUCCUACAUACUCUUUCUCUUAAUAUCCUUCUUAUGCAGUUUCAUCAACUGAGAUGUCACAGACCACCACACUAUUCACAAGUAUCCUAUGUAUGUAAAUAAUACACACACAUUGAGGUGCAGUAAGAGUGAAGUGUCUUAUGUUCUCCAGUGUGCUUUAUUAUAUACGGUAUUCAACAAGGGGGAAUCAAAGUUUUGUGAAAUGUGUUUAGUUACUGGCUGCUACAAAGUCUAUGCGUUGGAAUAGCAUACACAUUCUUUCUUUCCAGGCUUCUGUUUUGGCCAAUUUUGUGUCUUUUGCCCUCAAUUUUCGGCGAAAGUGAUUGAAGUGUCCUUUUGGAAUU